AUGGGGAACGAGGCCAGUAUGGAAGGGGAGGGACAGGCGGGACUGCCCGGCCCCGCCGUGCCUGCAGCAGGGGCUCCGGCUUCCAUUUCAGCACCACCGGACUCUGGACAGCUCAUCAAGCCGAGCAAUGGAGCGCCAGCCGGAGGAAGUGGGGCUGUACCCGGGCCGGGGAUUAACAGAGCACCUCCGUCAGAUCCAGGACCUAAAGCAGGAGUCCAGAGUGGUCAUGGGACAGGGGACCGGUUGGCCUCCCACGACACUCAUCAGCAUGCUGCGCCUCAAGGAGAGCAGGGCCAGGGUCAUGUUGCGCGGAAGAGUCUGCAUGUGGACGUGGGAAGCAGCAGGACGGGAAGGUCCCCCUCUGUGUCCCCGGACCGAGGCAGUGUUCCCACAUCUCCUUACUCUGUGCCACAAAUUGCACCCAUGCCUAGCAGCAAGCUGUGCCCGGUCUGCAAAACCACCGACCUGACGGGCACCGGGGACGACAAGCCGACCUAUAACACCUGCACACAAUGCUGCUCCAUGGUGUGCAACCAGUGUGGCUUCAACCCCAACCCCCACCUCACAGAGGUACAGGAGUGGCUAUGUCUGAACUGUCAGAUGCAGAGAGCGUUGGGGAUGGACAUGACCACACCACGCUCCAAGAGUCAGCAACAGAUACACUCUCCUUCUCAUGCAGCCAAACCAGAACUUAAGCCUGAUACUCAGCCUACACCCCAAACACAGCCCCCUCCACAGACGCAGCCCCCUCCUCAGACCCAUCCUCAAGCCCAGGCCCAUCCUCAAGCCCAGGCCCAUCCUCCAGCCCAGUCCCAUCCUCCAGCCCAGGCCCAUCCUUCAGCCCAGGCCCAUCCUCAAGCCCAGGCCCAUCCUCCAGCCCAGGCCCAUCCUCAAGCCCAGGCCCAUCCUCCAGCCCAGGCCCAUCCUCAAGCCCAGGCCCAUCCUCCGGCCCAGGGCCACCCUCCAGCUCCUGGCCCUACCAGACAGACAGGUCCUGGUGGCCCAGGUCAGCAACAAGUUAGACUCCCUCCAGGGGCAGUCGCUCUCCCCGGUAUGGCCAAGGCCCCAUCUCAGCCUGAUCUGUCCCACAACUCUCCCGCCCAUCAUCCCCAGCACCCCCGCCAGGAUCAGACUCGCAGUGCGGGGAGCUCCCCUUCGCGGCAGCCGCCGCCUCCAGAGCAGACUUUUGGGAAGUUGUUUGGUUUUGGUGCUUCUCUUCUUAACCAAGCCAGCACUCUCAUAUCUGAGACUACUCAACCCCAACAACCGCCCCCCAAAACAGCGCCCAAACCAGGAGGAACUCAUGGUCCAGGGCCUGGGGCGAGUAAACCCUCAGGACCCCAGCCCACACAACAAGGGCCUCGAGGCCCUGCUGAGCAGCAACAACAGCACGCUUCCCCGGAUGCCUCUAAACCUAAAGCUUCUUGUCCUCUCUGCAAGACAAACCUCAACAUCGGGAACACAGCAGAGCAGCCCAACUACAACACCUGCACACAGUGCCACCAGCAGGUGUGCAACCUGUGUGGAUUCAAUCCAACUCCACACCUCGUCGAGAAGAAAGAAUGGCUGUGCUUGAACUGCCAGACGCAGAGGGCUCUGUCAGGAAGCCUGGGAGAUACUCCAGCUCCUGUUGCACAACCCGUGGGAUCCCCCCGCUCACCUGCUACAGCCAAUCAACAGCCACCUCAGCAGAAAGGGCCAAAUCAACUUUUGGGGCCUAGGCCCACAGGCCCUCAACAACAGAAACCACCGGGUCCCCAAGUAAGUGGCCCUGUCUCUCCUGUGAAACAAGCUGGGCCUGCCCCUCAUGCCAAGGGGCCAAGCCAAGCUUUCCCUCAAAUCAAGGGCUCUGCCCAACCUAAGGGUUCAACUCAGCCACCUUCCCAAACUAAGGGUCCAACACAACCCUCACCUCAGAGUAAAGGUCCUCAAAAUAAAGGUCCUAAUCAAUCAAAUGUUCAGAGUAAAGGCCCUAUUCAGUCUGCUAACCAGACGAAGGGCCAAAACCAAGCUAAAGGGCCAACUCAGACAAAGGGGUCUGCUCAGCCCUCUGCUCAGACCAAGGGCCCUUCUCAUCCCCCUGCUGCCAAGGCCCCCCCUGGUAAAACUUCCCCUAACCAUGCUAAGGCCACUCCCACCCCAUCAAAAACAGCACCUACUCAGUCCAAACCCACAGGUAACAACCAAGCCCGCAAACAGACGCAGAGCCAGGAGAAGACUAAAGUCACAUCUAAAUCUCUAAAAGAAGACAUCAAGGCCUCACCAAAGAAGGCCUUGUCAGAGACUGUCACUUCACCAAAAGACAUGAAGAUAGUCGACGAUACACAGAAGUCAAGACACCAUGAAGAUUACAACAAAUCAAGUACACAGAGUCUAAGUGACACUGGAUACUCCUCGGAUGGGAUCUCCAGCUCUCAUGGGGAGAUUACAGGACAGAUCGUGGAAGAAGGAAUCAAGCUCAGUGGUGCCUCCAUCCCCUCAGAAAUCAAAAAGCUAGAGAGCUCCAUGAAGCCUCUACUGGAGUCAAAGUCAUCAUCAAACAGGCCACACUCACUGUCUGUAGGGCAGGGUCGGGACUACAAUCCUGAUGAUGAUGCAGCAAGGGAUGAAUCAGAGGAUGACCUAAGUUGUAAGCUUCGUCAUGAUUAUGUAGAAGACAGCAGCGAAAGUGGUCUCUCACCAUUGCCGGUAAGACAAAAGAAGACCCAUAAAGAGUUAACAGAUGAGGAGUUCAUGAGGAGGCAAAUUAUGGAGAUGAGUGCAGAUGAAGAGGAAAUGGAAGAACAUGGAAACCAAAAGCCAAAAAGGGGACAUAAAGCAAGUGGAGAUGUAAGCAAAGAGAGACGACGACUCUCUCAACAAUCUAAUAGUUUUGAGGACGACACCAAGGCAUCAGCGGCAAAUGAAGAGGAAGAUGUUGUAAUGGCCGGAGGCCUGCGCCGAUUUAAGACCAUUGAGCUAAAUAACACCAACAGCUACAACCGAGACAUGGAGCUCAGUACAGAGCAUGACCUAAGAGAACCAGAGCUAGAGAUGGAGAGUCUGACUGGUUCUCCUGAGGAGCGGUCUAAGGGAGAAUAUUCAUCAACCUUACCUGCAACCACUCCCAGCUACACCUCUGGAACUUCCCCUACAUCUGUGUCCUCCAUGGAGGAUGACAGUGACAGCAGCCCUAGUCGUAGGGCAAAACUAGAGGAGGCAAAGCAGCAGAGAAAGGCUCGACAUCGGUCACAUGGGCCACUGCUGCCAACCAUUGAGGACUCAUCUGAAGAAGAUGAGCUCAGAGAAGAGGAAGAACUACUAAGAGAACAGGAGCAGAUGAGAGAUCUAGAGCAACAGAGGAUUCGAAGUACUGCUCGAAAAACAAAAAGGGAUAAAGAGGAGCUUCGGGCACAGAGACGCAGGGAAAGAUCCAAAACUCCACCUAGUAAUCUCUCACCUAUUGAGGAUGCAUCACCAACAGAAGAACUGAGGCAGGCUGCAGAGAUGGAGGAACUUCACAGAUCGUCAUGUUCUGAAUACUCGCCAUCUAUGGACUCGGAGGCAGAGGGCUAUGAAAUGAUUGGUGGAAAGCUUUACAAAUCAGGAAAUGAAUAUAACCUUCCAACAUUCACAUCACUCUACUCUCCUACCGAUAAGACAUCAGCAACCUCACCAUCUGAUAAAACACUAAAAAGUGCAGAGGAAGUCUAUGAGGAGAUGAUGAAGAAAGCACAGCUAAUGCAGAGGCAAGGAAAUACAGUUAAUCAGCAAAAAGGGCCUUAUCAGCCUGACAGUAAACAUAAACUUGAAGCGGGAACAGUAUUAACCCCUGGGUCAAGCCCAACACAGGUAACUGCACCCAUGUCGUUUUCCACAACAGGGAGUGAUCCAAGAAUUCCAGGAAUGCAUGCAGCACAGCAUCUAUCAAAAGAAACACAAAAUAGGAUGAUGACACAGAGUGCCAAAAUUGAAGGUGUUGUUGGUGUUGCCACAACCAAAGCCCAAGUCAGUCAGACUGCCACAGCUCGACAGGCAGGUAGCACAGGGCCUGCUAGCAACAGAGCAGGCCCCCAAAGGCCUACACAGGCAUCACCUGACUCUGCAGCAUCGUCCCUAACCUCCAAAGUGUUCUCCCUUUUCAAAGGUCCCAGCCCCCCAGUCUCCCCCAGCGCUUCUCCAGCACAAAGCCCAACACAUACGCCACCUGUAAGACCCACUAGUAGUAGUGGCAGGCAGUUGCCAUCUUUGCCUGGUGGUCCUACCUCGGCUGCAGCAACCCAUGGAGCACAGGUACCUCAAAGGGCAAAUUCCCCUCGUCUUGCACGACAACAGUCCUCCCAAGAUUCACCAGUGAUGGUGAUUACACUAGGCUCUAAUACAACUAGUCCUGCCAAGCCAAUCACUGUAAAUUCUUCCACUUCCCCUUUGUCAUCACCCACACAAAUCAGUGGUAAAACUUUAUAUAGCUCCCAUCCCCCUUCAACAAGUUCCCCAACAUCACCACAAAUGCACCCAUCCCAAAGGUCUCCUAAACAUUCUUCACAGAUGGCUCAAAAUGUUGAAAAAGUUAAUGUUGGUAUGAGCACUGUAACUGCAAGUCGUGGAUCUAUGGAAAACAUAUCUCUGGGCCAAAUCUCAAAUAUUCAAGGCUCUUCAAUAAUUGAGUCUCAGGGUCAAAUGUAUCCAAAUACCAACGUGGUGGAUCUGAGAGCCCCAAUGAGGCCAGCUCCAAUUAUAAUGACAGACAAAGGCAUGGACUUAACAUCCCUUGCCUCUGACACAAGGAGAUACUCUUUAGGAGGAGAGCAACCAUCUGGUCGACACACAGCAGUGCAACCUCUUAUUAUGAACCUGAAUGCACAAGAGCAACCACACAUAUCUGUAUCAACACCGACCACAGUUAGUGUCACAGUUGCAGGUUCUAUGUUCAUGUCCCAACCCAAGCAACAAGUUGUGUAUGGAGAUCCUUUGCAAAAUCGUGUGGAUUUGGGCCAGGGUGUUGGAUCGGCUGUGUGUUUAACCCAGAGCAAGCCACCGAUUACUGACCCAUCCAUUCCCAAAAUUGAUGCAUGCCUGGAGAACCUGGGCAUACAACAGCAACAACUGCAGUUACAGCAGCAGAAACUCCUGCAGCAGCAACAGCUUCUUGAGCAGCAGCUCCAGCAGCACCACCAGCAAUCUUCUUUUGCUCGUUACAAUUUAGCGAAUCAGGUCCAGCCACUGCUGAUGAAAAAAGACCUUGUAGUAAGCCAGACAAGCAGUGCCCAGCCUGCAGUGACUGCAAGUGCCAUUCCUAGAGUAUCCCCGCUGGCUCCACAGGCAUUGUCUGGGGUUCUUGCUUCUAAUGCUCCCCAUGAAGUCUAUAGUGGAGAUGCCUUAGAGCUUAAAAACAAACCAACAGUAAUGAACUUGUCGACAGGUAAGCCCCAUGUUAUGAUGGUGCAACUUGAUGAAAGCAACACAUCACAGGUCGGCACAGUGACUCAGCUAGUAAAGAGAGAGGAACCUCCUCCCCCUCCUCAGGUUUUGGAUCUCACUGGUCAGAUAAAACCAGAAAACCAGGUGGCUUGUUGUGAUGUUGUUUACAAAUUGCCCUUUGCCGGCUCAUGUUCAGGGUCAUUCACUCAGAAGCCUACAAAUGUAUCCUCAGAUAAAACCCCCACCACUGAAACCCCCCAAGCAAACCACCCUCCCUACCCACCACAAUACAAUGUCAGCCAACAACAGCAACAACGACAACAACAACGACAACAACAACAACAACAACAACAACAACAACAAAAGCCUCACGCCACACAAGCAGUGGCAGAGGAACAUAAGCCAUAUCCACCACCCAUAGUCCCCUCAGGAAGAAUUCAACCUUCAAUGUCCGAUACCAAUCUGCCCUCCAUGACUGAAGGUGGUCACUAUCAGAGUAAUAUCCAGGGGGGUAUGGCAGUAGAUCUUAGCAGCAUGAAUCAAGGUUAUGAUGGUGGAUACCUUGGCAUUGGAGCACAGUAUGGAUCUUACACAGACUUGCGUCACCAAGGAGAUUUAGCAGGCCCUUCAUUACCCCUUCGCCGAUAUGGCUCCAUGUCAAAUAUCAAUUCCGACUAUGCCUACAGUUCACAUGAUCAAUCAGGACCACAGGACUCAAAUCUGGCCCAGUACAGUGCAACCACUGCCAGAGAAAUCAGCCGCAUGUGUGCAGCUCUUAACUCUGCGGACCAGUAUGGAAGCCGGUAUGGUAAUAACCCCGAAUUCUUGGCAUAUGGGGCUGGUGGGGGUGGACCUUUAGCUAGGCUAAAUCUCCAGCAAAGCUUAGCCUCUAUAAGAGCAAACCUUCUGUAUGGCCCAGAUGGAAGACCAACAGCAAAUGGCCAAACACUAACAAAUCUAAUAAAUGCUAGACAAGCAAGUAUACGUGCUUUGUACCCUGCUGCUAUGAGAGGAGGUGAUGGCAUGAUAUAUUCCACCAUUAACACUCCCAUAGCCUCCACCUUGCCAAUUACUACCCAGCCUUCUUCUGUCAUGCGUCCUAUGCCUAGAGGAAUUUACAGACCAUACCCGACAGGUGUGACUGCUGUACCAUUGGCUAGCCUUACCAGGUUGCCUCAAGUGUCUCCCAGAAUGCCUCUGUCUACACAGGGAAUGUAUUCCUACCCUCCUCCAAAUCAGUAUCCUACUUCAGUUACACCAUCAGGAAGUGUGCCUGAUGUAAACAGCUUACACCAGGAAGCUCCUGUGUACCUUGGAAAGAAUUUAACAACAGUUGCUGCACAAACAGCUGCAGCCAUUCCAACCACCCAAGCUGCGGCUCACUUAGGAGCACAAAAUGUACCAGCAUGUAAUAUGCAGACUAUGGCAGAUCAACAGACAGAUCGGACUCACUUUACCUCACAGAGUGUUGCGUCCCUUUCUCAAGCUCAAGGCCAACCUCCAUCUGUCCAGCCAGUGCAGGCUCAAAUGCAGCUACACCACCUACCCAGUCAAACUGAACCUUUAUCUUUGACUCAAACGCAACCUCAAGGACAACCCAUCAGUCAACCUCAACCACUGCCACAGGUUCAACCAGAGACACCACACGGCACUGCCCUGGCACUGAGUUCCCAACUUUCUCCCCCCACGGAUGCUCAGUCAAGUAAGGAAAAUGAAAGAUUGAGCCAGCAACAAGAACAUGCGCUGCAGCUAGAGCGAGAGCGGGUUGAACUAGAGAAAGUACGCCAGCUACGCCUUCAUGAGGAGCUUGAAAGAGAUCGCAUUGAGCUUCAGCGACACAGAGAAAAAGAACAACAAAUUGUUCAGCGUGAAAUUCAGGAACUGCAGACAAUCAAACAGCAAGUACUACACCAACAGCAGGCAGAACGGGAAACACAACUAAUCAUGCAAAGAGAACAACUGGCCCAGCAGAGAAUGCAGCUAGAACAAAUUCAAUCUCUGCAACAUCAGCUGCAGCAGCAGUUGGAGGAGCAGAAAAGACAAAAGACGGCAGCAGCAGAGGCAGCAGCUGUGGCAGCAGCAGAAGCAGCCACCGCAUCAGCAGUGGUUGCCGCAGCAGCAACAUCUGCUAAGAGUGCUAUACAAGGAGUAGUUGUUGGAGGAGGGCCCCCUCAAGGUUUCAUUAUUUGUGACCAGAGUGGUAGGGUUAUUCAGCAAGAUGCACAGAGUGUUCAAUUUUGGCAGGAUGGACAAGUGGUCCAAGCCAUGGUAGCUGCUCGACCUAUUCAAAGUUCAGCUUCUGAGAUGUCUUUGAGAACCACUGACAAACAAGCUGAUUCCAAGACAAUGAAAAAGCAAAAUUCCAUGCCGCGGCUGAGAGAUGGCUCGGAGGACGACUCUGGGAAGAAGAUUACAGACAGCUGUGUGCAAACAGAUGAUGAAGAUGGAGAGGACAGAUUCAUGAACAGACGUAGGAGAACAAGGCGUAUUGCAGACUGCAGUGUGCAGACUGACGAGGAGGACCAGGGAGAAUGGGACCAGCAGCCAGUGAGGCGCAGGCGAUCACGUGUAUCCAAGCACUCUGAGUCUAGUGGUGAGGCUAAAUCAGAACCAUCAUCUAAAGUGGCUUCUGCAAGUAUAGCUAGUCAGACCACGAACGAUUCAUCAUGCCAAACAGAGCCUGACCAAUUAGGAAGGAAUUCGCCUGCAAUCCACAUAACAAUGGCAGAGACCUCAAAGGUUGACCUAUUACAUUACAUAGCGGCCCCUGAAAGGACCCACAAAGGAGAGAGUCUUGCUUGCCAGACAGAACCAGAGUCUCAGUCACAGGGUGUGGUUGCCCCUCAGUUGAGUGUCCCUACAACUAUUAGUCCGUACUCCACAAGUCUACAUAUAGUAGGUGCAAACACAUCUGAUCCAACCUCUCCUAGACUCCAAGGAGUUGCUAAGUUCGAGAGGAGGAAACCAGACCCACUGGAAAUUGGGUAUCAACAAAAUGAGUCUCCAUCCCGCCAGCCCCCCAAAUCUCCCCAGGUGCUAUACUCCCCUGUAUCUCCAUUGUCUCCUCAUCGCAUGCUGGAGACAACAUUUGCCUCCCAGGAGAAACUAAACAAGGCCCAUGUCACACCACAGCAGAAGGCCUUCACUGCUGAAUCACCCCAGCGUCACCAAAGCCUACCAAGACCCAUAAAGAGUGUGCAGCGGUCCAUGUCGGAUCCAAAGCCUCUCAGCCCAACAUCAGAGGACCCUGCCAAGAACAGGUUCUCCCCAUAUCAUCAGCAAGCUGUGUCCAACAGUCAGCAGAUGGCCUCCCUGCAGCAGCAGCAGAACUCUCUGAUGAGGAAAAUAAAGAGGACUCUCCCCAGCCCCCCUCCAGAGGAGACUCCGCUCCCCAUUGUCACUCCAGCACAAAUGUACAGCUCCCCUGGCAUGCCCCAGAGGGUCCUACCGAGACCUGCCCAGGGAGUCACCAAGGCCGGCCUGCUGAGUGAACUGAAAGCUGUGGAACAAGAGUCAUCAAAGCUUCGUAAGCAGCAGGCUGAACUGGAGGAAGAAGAGAAAGAGAUUGACGCCAAGCUACGUUACUUGGAACUGGGGAUCACCCAGCGUAAGGAGACCAUGGUGAAGGACAGAGAGAGGAGGGAGCUGGCUUACUUGAGGUGUAUGGGUGAUGCACGGGACUACAUGUCUGACAGUGAGCUCAAUAACCUCAGGAUGGUAGCUGCAACAGGAACCUUUGAUGGUAAUGGUCUGCUGACAAGGCCCAGCACUGCACCAUUGAGCCAGUUCACCAAUGACCUGAAUGCAACCUCCCAGUAUCCCUCAACCUCAUCCUAUAUGACUUAUCCAUACCCUCAAAGUCAACCAUCAACACAGCAGCCAAGCUCUGCUUACCAACAGAUAGGUUUCCAGCCUCCUCAGUACCCUUCAUCCUCUGCACCUCAGCCAGGAACGUUCCAGCCCCAUCCCCCACCAGGCCCAGGCUACCAGAACCAGGGAACCUACUCCAAUCGCAUGUAUGCCCAGACUACCUACCAGGCAGAUCUUGGCAUGCAGCAGCAUGGUCACCAGGGCUUCCACCCACCCGGUCAGCCUAUGCCAGGCCAGAGCCUUCCUUACCCCAGCCAUAGCUCCUACCAGCCUGUACUCUCCUACCAGCCUCAGGCAGAUAUCCUUACAGUCCAUCAAAGACCUCGGCAAACCUCUUUGGCUGAUCUUGAGCAAAAACUUCCCACCAACUAUGAAGUCAUCAACAACCCAUCAGUGUCAGUGGCCACAUCAGCUCCAGAUACUAACUAUGGGUCAGUCUACAGCAAUGCAUAUGGACAGUACCGCCCCCCAGAGCCUGGGCUGACUCACUCUGUGGACAGCCCCACCUCUGCUUAUGCUUCAGAAGGAGUCUACACCUCUAACCUGGAGCAGAACAUUCCAAGGAACUACGUUAUGAUCGAUGACAUCAGUGAGUUGACAAAAGACAGCUCUGGCCAACCUACUGAUGCUCUAGGACAUCCUGUGGGUGGGCGGUAUCGCAAUGAGAAUGGCCCAGCACGUGGGAGUGCCUAUGGUAGACCAGAGGAUGAGCCUGUUGACGCUUAUGGUAGGCCUACAGGAACAACAGGGUACCAGAGUACAGUGGAAAGUCGCACAAGCACCACAGUAAGUGGCAGCUCUUCCUAUUACUAUGAUGAUUAUAAACACCCAUCACGGAGCAGCUCCAGUAGCCACAAACUCACACCCAAGAAUCUCGCCCCUGCAGUUGUCUCUUCUAAACGUAGUAAGCACAGGAAGCAGGGAAUGGAGCAAAAGAUUUCUAAAUUCUCCCCUAUUGAGGAAGCAAGGGAUGUUGAAUCAGACCUUGCCUCUUACACUAUGACAACAUCAACAGGAGGCAGCUGUACAGUUGUGUCCAGAUCCAAGAAGCCACAGGACGAUGUCACAUACGGGAUGAAGAAGAAUGCAUACGACCAGCAGAAAUAUUACGGCACCAGUCGUGAGGGUCUUGAGGAGGAAGACCGCAUGUACAGCUCUGGUAGGUCCAGGUCUACCGGAUAUGGCAUGGAUAAGAUUUCGUCCAGAGAUGCCACUGGUCACAGAAGUAAAUCCUACGAGAGGGACGCCAUGGAGCGGUCUCAGAGAACCAGCCGAAGCGGAAGGCCUCCUAUGCGCAGCCAGAAUUCAGAAGAGGAGAGUCCACUUAGUCCGGUUGGAAAGCCUGUGGGCAUUGGAAGAGGCUCUGGCAUACCUGAAGCCCAUGAUGUGAGGAACCAGUAUGGCUCCAGCCAUUCACUGCCAGAUGUGCAGGACCAUCAUAAGAAGGACCUGCCUAGGAGUCAUGUCUAUAAACCAGAUGACCCUUACCUCGUAGAUGACAUGCACUGUGCUGUUUCUGACAGUGAAGCCUAUCAUUUGGGCCAAGAGGAGACUGAUUGGUUUGAGAAGCCACGGGAGGCCCGUUCUGAUCGCUCAAGACAUCAUGGAGGUGGAGGUCACUCAUCCACAGGUAGGCGUGGUAAACACACCUAUCAUGAUUAUGAUGAACCUCCAGAGGAAUACUGUCCCCAGGAUGAGUACAACCAACAACGCCACCCCUCUUCCACAACACCACGGGAUCACCGUCCACACGGCAGCAGCUCCGGCAGACACAGCUCUUCUCGCCACUCCUCAGAGGAUCCCCGGUCAUCCCGUUCUUCCAGGGCACACCCCAAAGACCCAUCCGUCCGCCCCGAAGGCAGAGGCUCUUCGACUGCACAAAGAAGGAGUGGUCCAGACUCCCGUUCUGCACAGGGAAGCCCACGAAACUCGGGCGACUUUUCACGCGACCCAGCCUCCAGUCAUCACCACGGCACUGGGGGAAGGAGUCAGAGACCCCCAGGAGACCGCACAUCCUCCAGAAGGCAAGAGCCUUCAGCUGCAGGGCCUAAAACACAACAGCAGCCGCAGCAGCCGCAGCAGCAGCAGCAGCAGCAGCAGCAGCCCUCUCAGGGCCAUGCUGGGCAGCAGCGGCCAGGUGGUCAAGGCCAGUCUGGGAGACAUCCAGGCUCCGAACCUAUCGAAGGAAGCCAGCAGCAGCAGCAGCAGCAGCAGCACCAGCAGCAGCAGCAACAACCCCAGCAGCACAGUCAGACCCCUCAGAGCAGCCAGCUUACAACAACAACCACAGGUGCUGGACCGGCACAGCAGCAGCCCAAACCCGGCCAAGCCCCACCGCAGGGACGACAGCCAGGAAUAGGGUCUGCGGCAGGGCAGCCGACCACCACAGCGGCAAAAGUGGAUGCUACACCUGCAGCAGCAGCCACAGGAAUAAAACCUACAACAGGAGGCCCAUCAGCACCUCAACCUACCAAAAUUGCUACACCUCCUCUUACAGGCAUUGGCUCCAAGGCCCCCCCUGUUGGGAUUGGUAGCAAACCCGUUGUCAUAGGCAAUGCUGCAGCAGGACAAGCUCCCGCUGAAGGGGACAACGUUCUAACUAAAAUCCUGCAGGGAGGGGCAGCAGAGCAGGCUGGAAAACUGGGAGAUGCUUUGACUGGCCUUGGGAAGAAGUUCACUUCAUUUUGGUGAACUUAAGAGAGGAUGGUUGCAGAGUUAACAUGAGAUGGAUUGGUAACUUUGUACUUGAAAACCUAUGAAACUGCAUUAAAUACAUUUCACCAUACAGAAGCAACAGAGAAAGAGACAUCCUGCAUCAAGCUGGAUUUAAAAGAUGACUUGUCAGCACUGAAUUCCCCAGACAUGGGCACACGAUUGAAGUUAAUUAAAUACGGGUGAUCGCUUCGUCAGCACGGUGUUUCAAGACAUGAGCAGAGGGCUGAGAUGCCUGAAAGAAUGAUGAUUGAGGAGACGUCAUAUGCCUCAUUGGACCAAUGGAAGAACAAUCAAUAAUGAGGAUGUGGAGAAGCAGAGUAGAGAGGGGGAAGGGGGACUCAUGGUCUGCUUCCCCCUCUCUUCUGUUUGAGAAAGCCCCCUAGGAUUUUUCUGACAGUAAAAGGCCCGUUAACUGAGGUACCUGGAUAUCAUGGGAGAGAUUCAGCGUAUUUGGUCGUGCAUGGCUCUAAAAAAACAGUUCUGUAAAGGAAGCCCUACAGCGCCCUCUACAGGAAUGUUGAUAGAACGCCACUCAUGUCUGAGGAGUACACAUCUGGCAAGGAUAUUUGAUUUUUUUAUUGACUUCUUCACAGCCUCUUCAUGCAAAACAACGUGAAAAAAGAAGACACAUUUUCAUAGGUUUUCCUCGUAUCAAAGAUACCGAUCUUUACCCACAACAAUGACACCACAUACCUGGAGUAGACGAGGUGUAUCACGGCAAUGACAACCAACUUAAUGACUCCACUACAAUUCUUGAACGCUUGGUUUCUCUGAUCUCUGCAGUACAUUCCAGUAUAGGGAAUUUGACCCUUUCUUUGAAUGUGUUUUUAUUUCUCCUAUUCUCCUUUUGUUUGAUGUCUACAGAAUGCAUUGCGUAAAUGUGGACAUGAGAAUGCACGCACAAAUAUUUGAAAAAAACAAAAAAAAACAAGUCCAUAUCAAUAUGUUUUCAACACCUAUGAGAUGCCACUAGUCGUCAGCUGUAGGUUUUUAGGGAAGGAAGUACUACCAGUGUGCCCACAAGUGUGAGAUUCACACUGAUGAGAGGACCAAACGAGAGAGUGGCCACGGCUUUUAAUUAGCCAUCGAAAAGCCAUCUUUAUAGUCAGCACCAGAGCCAACUAUAAUGCUCUGGGGCUGACUAUGAAAAGGAUAAAGCCCCAGAGGGGACUUUAUCUUUUUUAUUGAUUUGUCUCAUCUUUUAGUUUCUUUUCAUUUUUGCCUGAUAUUCACUGAAUGGAAGAGCCUUAUUCAGUACAUGUUUUUACUUGUAUACCUCAUAUGUUUUAAAAUGUCCAAGUCAUCAUGCAUUUCUUUUUACACAACUGUAUACUAUUGUAUGUACAUAAAACAAAUAAGAGUUCUAAUUAUGUAAGUUUUUCAUUUGUGUAUUUAUGGAUUCACUCUCCAGUGAGUUUUUUGUUUUGUGUUUUUCUUUGGUAAAACUUUAUAUUUUUCACUUUUUAUUGGUUCUAAUCUGUUUUCUUGCAUCAAAUAAUUUGCUUGUUGAUUUUAAAAGCAAUAGCAUGCAGAAAAUGGUAUAUAGCACAAAUGUGUAAAUGUUAUUUGAAUUAGUGAUGGGAAAUAUCAAACACUUCUGUCGAUAAAUAGCCGUAAUACAAUUUGUCAAAGGGUUUACAACCACAGUACCAUGUCCAGAGGUGCAUGUUAUGUGCAGACGCAUAAGAGCAUGCAGGCAGGUACGAACACUCUCACACACUCUAUCUAUCUCUUGCAAACACAAAUGCACACACACAGACACUUUGCACAUCACACACUUUGCACCAUAGUUACACUUAAGAGCCAAGGUUAAUUGUGUUGUCCACCAAAUAGACCUGCUAAUCUCCUGCUGAUUAAUGAGGAUGAUCUCACUAACUAGCUGGGCCCACUGCCUCUAUUUCUGCAAACACACGUACACACACACGUACACACACACACACACUCGCACACACACUCGCACACACAGACAGACAGACAGACAGACAGACAGACAGACACACACACACACACACACACACACACACACACACGCAUACAGAUAAUAGAGAGGUUGAAAGCAAUUAUCAAUUCAAAUGUUCUAUGCAAUGACUCAUUUUGAACCUGGAAGUGAUUCUGCCCAAAACAGUUUGUAAUCAUCAUUGUAUUCACAAGAAAACAACAAAAGUAUGAACUAAAAUAGUAAAAAAAAAAGAAAGAAAAAAUGGUCAUGAAAAUGUUUUUACUUAGCAACUUGUCUGUAUGAAUUUGAAUAUUGAAUAUUGAACUAGAAUUGUUUUUAUUUUCGUGGCAUGUUUUGACCCCUCAUUCCCCACACAGGGGACUUGUUGCCAAAGGGUAAACUGUGUAGACUGUCAGUUUUGAAUGUCCACCAUCAUGUUGCUUUAAAGCAUGGGUUUGCUUGGCUUUGUCUGGCUGUUUGUAGGCCCUCAUUCAGUUUUUGUGCGUUUUGGCUGACCUGGGCUCCUCAGUGUUUGGCUUGCAGUGACUGUCUGUGCUGCUAUAAACCUGUGAUACAGAUGGCCAGCACUUCUCAUUAAUAAUUGUCAAUGUACAUAUUGGGUGUCAGUAUAACCUGUGGGUUGAAUGGAAUGCUUCUAAUGGAUAUUUCAUUGUUGAUGAAAUCACUCAGCAGCCAAGCCAUUGGAAAGGUGCAUGAUUAGAUCUUAUAUUCUUGGAAGUAUACCUGAAUAAAAAAAAAAGGUAAGGCAUGAUUACACCAAGGUUUGCCUAACGAACCUUGACUUUCACAGGCCAACGUAGAGAAUAUUGAUGAGUAAAAUGUUCAGCCAGUCGACCAAUCAGGGCAUGUCAUUGUCAUACAAAGCACAAGCCUGACUGGUAGCACUAGUUGCUCGAUGAAACGCAGAAAUAUGGAGGUAACUUAACAGUGCCUCCAACUGAACAGUGUAAGAUCUAAAUCAAAGCAAGAGGGGCAGAUGCUAUCUGGCAGAUAUGAGGUGCACGAGACAAAACAGCCUUCAGUGCAGCUGUCUGAUUGACUCACACACAUUCUUACUGUAAAUACAAAUUCAUUCUUCUGUACAGCUUUUGAGUUCUGAGUACGGCUGUCAUGUGCAUCCCCAUGCCGUAUUUGCUGCCAACUUUUGUGUAUAAAAAGAAUAUUUAUUACCACAAUAAUGAGGAUGAUCAUGAAACUAAUGAUAAUAAUGAUUAUUAUUGCAUAAGCAUAGUGUAUGUGGCUGACGUGUAUUGACUGUUUACAGCAGUGGAACAAAACGUGUGUUCAGAAACAUAUUCAGUCUGUGUAUAGUUUCUAUACAUAUUGUGUUUGUAAAACAAGAAGAAGGCCCCUCAGCAAUUGCAGAGCAGAACGCCUUUGUCAGGCAUCAGGAGGUCUUCGGUUAAAUUGAUAUGAUCUGCAAGGUGACGAGGGUAAAGGGAAGCAGUGGGAAAAAAAUGAAACAAAAAAUCUGGAAAAUGUCAUUCACUGUUGUAAGUGCAAUGGGCAAAACGUCAGUCGUGUAUCCAUUGUGAAACCUUGUGUUCUAUUCAGUGUAUUCCUGUAAACAGAUAGAGUAAAUUUUGGUGCAUCAUGUCAAGUAAUGUGAUUAAUGAAAAUAUUGACCCUGCAAUUUCCAAACAGAGAGAAGAAUAAAAAGAAAAGGAAUAUAUUGUG